UUUAUGAACAGUCACAAGGAGUACAGGUUUUUUCCAAACGCCCAGCUUUAUUGACAAUUUUUGGAUUCUUUUUUUUUCGGCAUCAAUGAGUUUUUCUUAAUUAGAUUGUUCGAUUUUAUUUAUGUAAAAAAAACACUAACCAUGUAUCGAUACAUCUUAUUAGUGAUAUUCUCAUUUAUAACAAUUUCAUCAUCAUCGAAUGUUGAAAUUCUGAAUUUACCCGAUUCAUUAAUAUUUCGUAAUACAACUGAUUCGUUAUCAAGCACAGAAUUUUCAUCAUUAUUAAGUCAAUGUCUUGGCUAUACGACCAAAAAACCAAAUUGGAACGGAUUUUAUGGGUAUAAAAACAUUGCCAAAAAUAUUCCGAAAAAUAUCGUUGUAUUCCAUAUGCCUGUUUCAGUUCAAUCAAUUGCUGUUCAUACAUUUCCAAUAAAUAUUGAUUCCGAUUUGAGCGAGCAAUACCAUAUGACCAAAGAAAUGAUUUCAAAAACUACAAAUAAUAUGCAAACAGAUUUCAUUCGGUUGUCUAAUCAGAACGAAAAAACUGAUCUCAUAUCGCAAUUGGAUUCAUUGGAAAAACAUUUGAGCAAGAUGAAAAGCGAAGAUCGACCAGUUUUUCUAUGGUAUGAGAUGUUUUCCAACAAAAACGAUGCUAAUGUUGUAGACAGGAUUUCAAAGAUUAUUAAUCAUCUAAAAGAUUUGUUCGGAAGCAAUACAUUGAUGUUAUCAAUUUAUGAUGAAAAUCAAUCAAUUUUAGAACGGUCUAUUCGUCAAGCGGGUAAGAAUGGUGAAAAGGCUACUCGUAAAGUGAAUUUAGCACAUGAAUAUGAUCGUAAUUUUCAUACAACAUUCAUUACAAUCGCUGCUGCAUCAAUAUUAUUCAUAUUGGCUGUAUUCAUCAUAUCCGUUUCAAUGUGGAAUAUCGACCCAGGUCGUGAUUCAAUCAUCUAUCGAUUAACGGCCCAAAAAAUCAAAAAAGAUCAAUAAAAAUCAAUCAAUUAUUUAUCAAUGCUUUAUUUCAUUGAGUGGUUGUUUUUUUUCCAUCAAUUUCCAUAAUAAUCUAGUCUUGUGCAGACACACAAAACAAGCAGAAUGAACAUUGUUGUAACUUAUAUUUUUUUUCUUUAUUUCCAUAAAAUUAUAUUUAUCCAAGAUAUUCAAAAAAAA